CAGGGGUAAAGGGAAGACGCGUUAACUAGCUAGCCAUCUUGUCUGGAAAAGAUUAGUAGUAAGCUAGUAAGGAUUAAACUAAAUUUGCUACUGUAACAUCAUGGCCGGUGUUUGGGAUGUUCUCUGGGAGGAUAGAGAUGUUAGAUUCGAUAUAACUGCACAGCAAAUGAAAACUCGACCUGGUGAAGUCUUGAUCGACUGCCUCGAUUCCAUUGAAGAUACUAAAGGAAACAACGGGGAUCGAGGGAGGCUGUUGGUAACAAAUCUGAGGAUCAUCUGGCAUUCUUUAGCUCUGCCAAGAGUCAAUUUGUCUGUUGGAUACAAUUCUAUCAUUAACAUCACAACAAGGACAGCUAACUCUAAAUUGAGAGGCCAGACUGAAGCACUGUAUAUAUUGACAAAAUCUAACAAUACAAGAUUUGAGUUCAUUUUCACCAAUGUGGUUCCAGGGAGUCCAAGAUUAUUUACGUCUGUCAUUGCUGUUCACAGGGCUUAUGAGACUUCUAAAAUGUACCGUGACCUAAAGCUGAGAGGAGCUCUCAUUCAAAAUAAACAACUGAGGCUUUUGCCUCGAGAGGAAGUGUAUGACAAAAUAAACGGGGUGUGGAAUUUAUCCAGUGACCAGGGAAAUCUAGGAACCUUCUUCAUCACUAAUGUUCGGAUUGUAUGGCAUGCCAAUAUGAAUGAAAGCUUCAACGUCAGCAUUCCCUAUCUUCAAAUUAGUUCCAUCAGAGUAAGAGAUUCAAAGUUUGGUGUGGCUUUGGUGAUAGAAAGCUUUCAGCAGACUGGAGGAUAUGUGCUUGGAUUUAAGAUCGACCCAAUGGAUAAACUUCAAGAUGCAGUUAAAGAGAUCAACUCCCUGCACAAAGUGUACUCUGCCAACCCUAUCUUUGGAGUGGACUAUGAGAUGGAGGAAAAGCCACAGCCAUUAGAGGAGCUGACAGUAGAACAGCCCCUUGACGAUGUGGAAAUCGAGCCUGAUGAACAGACUGAUGCGUUCACUGCUUACUUUGCUGAUGGCAAUAAGCAGCAGGACCGGGAGCCUGUGUUUUCCGAGGAGCUGGGAAUUGCGGUGGAGAAAUUAAAGGAGGGUUUCACGCUUCAAGGACUGUGGGAAGUUAUGGCCUAAAGUAAUGUUGAUUGUCAAGAUGGAUGAACAUCUUUAAAUUCAACCUUGAAAAACUACAAUUGUUUAUAACCAUGUGUAAAUGUACAAAAUAUCAAUGUAUUUAUUCACAGUUCUGCUGUAUAUAGUUAAGAUUUAGAGCAUAUACAUAUGUUAGCAACAUGUACUGUAUGUAAAUAGGUACUUCUCAAAAUUUAAAACAAGUACAAUUAAGAAGAAAGUGUUUAAGCAAAUAGUUGAAUUUUGUUUUUUUUAGAUUGCAUAAUAAAAGUAUUUAUAUAUGUUA